AUGCCAAGUGACGAGAGAGAAGCUGCGACGAUGUCCACCACGGUGCGCCUGCCCAUUGUGGGCAUGACCUGCCAGUCGUGUGUGCGCAAUAUCCAGGAGCACAUUGGCCAGAAGCCGGGCAUCCUCGGCGCACGCGUCAUUCUGGACGAGCAUGCGGGCUACUUCGACUACGAUAUCCGGCAAACGGAUCCCGCCCGGAUAGCCAGCGAUAUCGACGACAUGGGCUUCGAGUGCAGCUAUCCAGGAGCAGCGGCUGUGGGUGAUUCACCCACAUCCGCAACACCCUCCUCAUCCGCCAGCGCCUGGACUAACAUCCGGGUGGUGGGCAUGACCUGCCAGUCGUGCGUGCGCAACAUCGAGGGUAACAUCGGCACCAAGCCGGGCAUCCAGUUCAUUGAGGUCCAGCUGGCGGCCAAAAAUGCCCGCGUCCAGUACGAUCCCGCCCAGUAUGAUGCCGACCAGAUAGCCGAGCUCAUCGAUGACAUGGGCUUCGAGGCCAGCGUCCAGGAAUCGGAAUCGGAAACGAAAUCCAAGUCGCCCUCCCCUGCCCCCGCUUCGUCGCCCAAAAAGAGGGCCACACCGCCACCACCUCAUGCUCUGGCGCAAAAUGGUUCAGCAGUGGCCAUACCCAUCGAACAGGAGCUGCUGACCAAGUGCUUCCUGCACAUCCGCGGCAUGACCUGCGCCAGCUGUGUGGCCGCCAUCGAGAAGCACUGCAAGAAGAUCUACGGUCUGGACACCAUCCUGGUGGCCCUGCUGGCCGCCAAGGCCGAGGUCAAGUUCAAUGCCAAUGUGGUGACGGCCGAGAACAUAGCCAAGUCCAUCACAGAGCUGGGCUUCCCCACGGAACUCAUCGAUGAGCCCGACAACGGCGAGGCCGAGGUGGAGCUGGAGAUAAUGGGCAUGACCUGCGCCUCCUGCGUCAACAAGAUCGAGAGUCAUGUGCUGAAAAUAAAGGGCGUGACCACCGCCUCGGUUACACUGCUAACGAAAAGGGGUAAAUUCCGUUACAUCACAGAGGAGACGGGACCGCGGAGCAUAUGCGAGGCGAUCGAGGGACUGGGAUUCGAGGCCAAGCUGAUGACCGGCCGGGACAAGAUGGCCCACAACUACCUGGAGCACAAGGAGGAGAUCCGGAAGUGGCGCAACGCCUUCCUCGUCUCCCUGAUCUUCGGCGGGCCCUGCAUGGUGGCCAUGAUCUACUUCAUGCUGGAGAUGAGCGACAAGGGGCACGCGAACAUGUGCUGCAUUGUGCCCGGCCUGUCGAUGGAGAACCUGGUGAUGUUUCUGCUCUCCACGCCCGUGCAGUUCUUCGGUGGCUUCCACUUCUACGUGCAAUCCUAUCGAGCGAUCAAGCACGGCACCACAAACAUGGACGUACUGAUCUCGAUGGUCACGACCAUCUCGUAUGUGUACUCCGUGGCGGUGGUGAUCGCAGCCGUAUUGCUGGAGCAGAACAGCUCGCCGCUGACCUUCUUCGACACGCCACCCAUGCUGCUGAUCUUCAUUUCGUUGGGUCGCUGGCUGGAGCACAUAGCCAAGGGCAAGACCUCGGAGGCCCUGUCCAAACUGCUAUCCCUCAAGGCGGCCGAUGCCCUGCUGGUGGAGAUCUCGCCGGACUUCGACAUCAUCAGCGAGAAGGUGAUAUCCGUGGACUAUGUACAGCGUGGCGAUAUCCUGAAGGUGAUUCCUGGAGCCAAAGUUCCUGUGGACGGCAAGGUACUGUACGGUCACUCCAGUUGCGAUGAAUCGCUGAUCACCGGCGAGUCCAUGCCGGUGGCAAAACGAAAGGGAUCCGUGGUUAUCGGUGGGUCCAUCAAUCAGAACGGAGUUCUUCUGGUGGAGGCCACGCACACGGGUGAGAAUACGACGCUCGCGCAGAUUGUGCGAUUAGUGGAGGAGGCCCAGACCAGUAAGGCGCCCAUCCAGCAGCUGGCCGAUCGGAUCGCUGGCUACUUUGUGCCCUUCGUUGUUGUGGUGUCCAGUAUCACGCUGAUUGCUUGGAUCAUCAUUGGCUUUGCCAAUCCCAAUCUGGUGCCCGUGGCCAUGGAGCACAAGAUGCACAUGGACCAGAACACAAUCAUCGUGAGCUAUGCCUUCAAGUGCGCCUUGAGUGUGCUGGCCAUUGCGUGUCCUUGUGCCCUGGGCUUGGCCACGCCCACCGCCGUGAUGGUGGCCACCGGAACGGGAGCGAUCAAUGGCGUGCUGGUGAAAGGUGCCACCGCCCUGGAGAAUGCCCAUAAGGUGAAGACUGUGGUGUUUGACAAAACGGGCACCAUUACACACGGCACCCCGAUGACCAGCAAGGUUACCCUCUUCGUCACAGCCCAAGUCUGCAGCCUGGCUCGGGCUCUGACGAUUGUGGGAGCCGCCGAGCAGAACAGCGAGCAUCCGAUCGCCUCCGCCAUUGUGCAUUUCGCCAAGGACAUGCUGAACGUGGGCGCCACUCCUCAGGCGGGAAGCUUUGGCAAGAGCAGUCACUUCCAGGCCGUACCCGGGUGUGGUAUCCGCGUCACCGUCUCCAACUAUGAGCAAACCCUGAGACAGGCCUGCAACGCGGAACGGAUCAUCAACUACGAGAAUCUGCAUCGUGAUCACCCGCAGGGAUCGGUGCCGGUGGACAAUGGCGCCAGUAUCGAACAUUUGCUGCCGCAGAACAGCGUACGAAAGUCGAUGGAACUGAACAACCAGCAGUUGUUAUCCGACUUGGUCCUGGAACAAGAAGAGCAGCUCCUCACGGAUCAGAAGAUCAUCGAUGGCCCCGAGAUUCUGGUGCUCAUCGGCAAUCGGGAGUGGAUGCAGCGCAAUGCCAUCGAAGUGCCGCUGGAGAUUAGCGAUUGUAUGACGCACGAGGAACGAAAGGGACACACCGCGGUGCUUUGCGCCCUCAACGGCCAGUUGGUUUGCAUGUUUGCCGUCUCCGAUAUGGUCAAGCCGGAGGCCCAUCUUGCCGUCUAUACGCUGAAGCGGAUGGGCAUCGAUGUGGUGCUGCUCACGGGGGACAAUAAGAACACGGCUGCCAGCAUAGCACGAGAGGUUGGCAUCCGAACCGUGUACGCGGAGGUCCUGCCCUCACACAAGGUGGCCAAGAUUCAGCGAAUACAGGCCAACGGCAUCCGCGUGGCCAUGGUGGGCGAUGGGGUCAACGACAGUCCGGCGCUGGCGCAGGCGGAUGUGGGCAUCACGAUUGCAGCGGGCACCGAUGUGGCCGCCGAGGCCUCGGACAUUGUGCUGAUGCGCAACGAUCUGCUGGACGUGGUGGCCUGCCUGGACCUGUCCCGCUGCACGGUGCGUCGCAUUCGCUACAACUUCUUCUUCGCCAGCAUGUACAACCUACUGGGCAUUCCCUUGGCCAGUGGUCUGUUUGCACCCUAUGGCUUCACCCUACUGCCGUGGAUGGCCUCCGUGGCCAUGGCCGCCAGUUCGGUGAGCGUGGUGUGCUCCUCGCUGCUGCUGAAGAUGUACCGCAAGCCCACAGCGAAGACGCUGCGUACGGCGGAGUACGAGGCGCAACUGGCGGCGGAACGUGCUGGUGGCUCCGAAUACGAGCUGGACAAGCUAUCCCUCCAUCGCGGCUUGGACGACCUGCCCGAAAAGGGAAGGAUGGCCUUUAAGCGGUCCACUAACUCGCUCAUAUCGCGCAUUUUCAUGCACGGAAACGGGGGCGUCACCUCGCCGGAUGCCAAACACGAGGAGGGACUGCUGGACCCCGAGGAGCAGUACGAUGGGCGCACCAAGAUCGUGAGGAGUCGCUAUCAUGCCAAUGAUAGCACCGAACUGCAGAAGUUGUGAGCUCAACCGAUGACAACUAUCAAGCAACCACAAUCCAACCGAGGACCUCAAAACGACAAAUUUUCAGUGAAAUUGUUAGCGCGCUUUAAAUUGAACUAGUGAGAGAGCGAAUUAUAAAACCAAUGUACAUAUUGCAGAUUGAUUGUUUUGACAAAGAAUGAGAAGUAGGAUAUAUGAUCUAUACCCUGGUCUAAUAUGAUUUUGUAAGUCUCACAUAGGCAAAAGAUAAAAAUGGGUUUUAAAGGAAAGUGUUCUCAGUAUGUAAAUAUAGCUCAAACACAAAAUAUUUAAUUUAUAUUUAAAGUAUCCCUUUUUGGACUACUGAGUCGCCUUUUGUAAGAACAUUUGCUUUUUACCUAUGUUCAUUUUGAGAAUAGCCAACUUUGUAAAAGAUCAAGAAUAAGAUUACGCUGUUUUUUGCUGUAAGCAGGAAAAAUUAAUGUAUGGCCGGCUUUCUAUUCCUUAGAGCGGCUCUCACACCGUCCCCUUUUUCUACAACAUAUUUGUUAUAUCCCUUUUUUUAAUAGGAAGCUAAACAUUUUUAAGACCUUUUGUUUUAUAUAACAGUUUUCUUACUCUUCUCUUCACGUUCAAUUAUGCUUAUCAUAAUUACCAUUAUUAUUAUUAUUAUUAUUGCAUAUUAACGUUUUUUUUUUUGUGUUAUGAUCGUAAGUUAAAUAUUACUAUUAAGUUCAACUGAACAAAUGCAAGGAGUCGCAGACCAGGAGACAAAACCAGAAAUCAACCAUCAUUGAACUAUUGUUACUUAUUGUUAAUUCGCAUUAUCAUAUAUACACAUACACAAAGGAAAAAUAAAUCAAAACCAAAACCAAGGCGAAUA